AUGCGCUGCCCCAAGUGCCUUCUCUGCCUGUCUGCACUGCUCACACUCCUGGGCCUCAAGGUGUACAUCGAGUGGGCAUCGGAGCCUCGGCUUACCAAGGGCUACCCAGGAGCACGGAGCACCCCACCAGGCCCCACCCCCGCCAGCCUUGAGCCCACCCUGCCCGCCAACCUCUCGGCCCGCCUGGGCCAGACUGGACCACUGCCUUCUGCUUACUGGAACCAGCAGCAGCGGCGUCUGGGGACUCUGCCCAUUGGGAACAGCACUGAGGCUGGGGGUUGCCAGGCUUGGGGGACUGCUGCUGCCACUGAGAUCCCCGAUUUUGCCUCCUACCCGGAGGACCUCCGCCGCUUCCUGCUGUCAGCAGCCUGCCGAAGCUUCCCACAAUGGCUGCCUGCAGGUGGCGGUGGCCAAGUGGCCAGCUGCUCGGCUACCGAUGUCCCUUACCUGCUGCUGGCCAUCAAGUCGGAACCUGGACGCUUUGCUGAGCGACAGGCUGUGAGGGAGACGUGGGGCCAUCCGGCUCCCGGAACUCGGCUGCUCUUCCUGCUGGGGUCCCCGGUGGGGCGGGGAGGACCCGACCUGGGUUCACUGGUGGCCUGGGAGAGCCGCCGUUACAGUGACCUGUUGCUCUGGGACUUCUUUGACGUCCCCUUCAACCAGACCCUCAAGGACCUGCUGCUGCUGGCCUGGCUCGGCCAUCACUGCCCUGACGUGGCCUUUGUCCUGCAUGCUCAGGACGAUGCCUUUGUCCACGUCCCGGCUCUGCUGGCACACCUGCGGGGCCUGCCCCCAACCCGGGCGCGUGCCCUCUACCUGGGUGAGGUCUUCACACAGGCCAAGCCUCUACGGAAACCCGGAGGACCCUUCUAUGUGCCUGGGUCUUUCUUUGAAGGUGACUACCCAGCCUAUGCCAGCGGGGGUGGCUAUGUCAUUGCUGGACGCCUGGCACCCUGGCUGCUGCAGGCAGCGGCCCGUGUGGCCCCCUUCCCCUUUGACGACGUCUAUACUGGCCUGUGCUUCCGUGCCUUGGGGCUGGUGCCCCGGGCCCACCCGGGCUUCCACACAGCUUGGCCAGCGGACCGCACCACAGACCCCUGCGCGCUCCACGACCUGCUGCUGGCUCGGCCCCUCAGCCCCCAGGACAGCAUUCGGCUCUGGAAGCGUCUACAGGCCCCACGGAGCCAGUGCUGA